GAGCGGCGCAAACUUUUGUGGAGGUAGGAUGUGUUAUUUUAUAUUUUAUUGUUUUUUACCAGGUUUGAUGGAUUUAUUAUGUUUUCUUUUUCUUUGCCUCUGCAUGCUGAGUUCGUUCUUCUUAUAUUGACCAAGGCUAUAUCAGUAAAGCUUGGUUUGGCAUGCAAACACUAAAUUUCAAUUUGAGCUUCACUUCGAUUUCAUUUUCAGUAGACUAAUCGAGCGUCAUGGCCCAGUACAAGGGAGCCGCACGCGAGGGGGGCCGCGCGCUCCAGCUGGCCAAAAAGCGCGAGCGGGAGCAAGAGGAGCUCGAAUUUAAAAAGAAGAAGAUCGAGAACGAGAUGAAGAUCGCGGCGAUCGACUCUAAGUUCGCCGCGCACUACGACGCUGUGGAGCAGCAGCUGAAGACGUCCACCAUCGGCUUGGUCACGCUGGACGAGAUGAAGGCCCGUCAGGAGAAGGUGGUCCAGGAGAGGGAGCAGGAGCUGGCCAAAAAACAGCGCGAGGCAGAGCGCGAGCGACAGAAGGCCAUCGACGCCAAACAGGCCAAAAAGGACCGGCAAAAGAAACAGAUUCAGAGUUUGUCCUUCAACCCUGACGAGGACGAAGAGGAUGAGGAAGGGGAAGAGGACGAGGACAAGUCCGACGGAGACCGUCCAGCGGUGAAGGCCGCUGAGGACGCGGCGGACGAGUCCUCGCAGUCCUCCGAACCGUCCUCCGAACCGUCCUCCUCCAACGCUCUGGUGCCGGCCAAAUCGUCCUCACAGGCGCCAAAACUAAUACCCAGAAAACUGGGUAAAAACCCUGACGUGGACACGUCAUUUCUGCGCGAUCGUGAGCGAGAAGAGCACGAGAAUGAACUCCGCGAGCAGCUGCGACUCGAGUGGGAGCAGAAGCAGGAGGCGCUCAAGAACGAGGAAAUCGAGAUCACCUUCUCCUACUGGGACGGCUCAGGUCACCGGCGCAGCCUGCGCAUGAAGAAAGGUAACUCCAUCUACCAGUUCCUGUCGCGAUGUCUGGAGAUGCUGCGUAAGGAGUUUACGGAGCUGCGAGCUGUGUCCGGCGACCAGCUGAUGUACGUCAAGGAGGACCUCAUCAUCCCGCACCACUACACCUUCUACGACUUUAUCGUGACCAAGGCUCGCGGCAAGUCGGGGCCGCUGUUCAACUUUGACGUCCACGACGACAUCCGAAUGCUGGCCGAUUCGCGGGUGGAAAAAGACGAAUCCCACGCAGGAAAAGUGCUGAUGCGCUCCUGGUACGAGCGUAACAAGCACAUCUUCCCGGCGAGUCGAUGGGAGCCGUUCGACCCCACCAAAACGUACGAUAAGUACAGCAUCCAUGAUCGCAAGAAGAGCAAAGGCAAGUGAUCUGCGUCAACAGCGCGGAAGACUGGUGAAUCGUGUGCUUAGACUGUGAAAGAUGCCAAGGGCUCGGGCGUGUUUACGGAAGGCUACGUCUCAUAAUUGUGGUACUUACCUACAUUCGAUAAAAUUUAUUCCUUUAUGACUUAUUAAGUGUAUAAACAAACAAUGUUUCUCAUGAUGGCUUAUCUUUCAAACACGGAAAUUAUUUCACAUUCUGUGCUGCAUUCGUGAAUUUUGAUCUUUCAUGAAUAAUGGCGAAGCUUCUCGGCAUAAUUUGGCCGCCGUCUGAGCUCCCAUCUGUUGUUCUGGCGGGCGUUCGGUGGGCGUUGUAAUGCACUGGCUGGAUUACCUCCCCCUGCUCGGCGCCACGGAUCCUGGGCUCUGCGGCCGACCUGUGACGUCAGCCAGCCCCGGCACGAGCGUCCGCUGAUAGCGGUGUUUGGGCGCGUCGAUUUGCCGCCCGCAGCAGUGUGGGUGGGACGAGGGUCGGACUAUCUUCCGCGUGGAAUACCUGUGUCUCGUUCCAGACGUUCAUUGUACAAACCAUUUGUGUGGUGGCUAUUGCAUCGUGUUUAUAAUCAACGAGUGUUCUGUCUGCCCUUGUUCUUUGAUGCUCGUGUAAAUAAACGACCGAGAACUGUAA